CGCCAAAAACCCGAUGCGCUCCCAUGUGCCUACACGAUCCAGGUUCUCACUUUCAAUCUCCUUGAACUCUUCUAUUCGACUGUCAUUGCUGACAAAACGGCUCCGGGCCCGUUCGACUUCUCCUCUCCGUACCAUAUACACAAUAUACAUACCCGUCUUUUCCGCCGCUCAGCAUAUCUUUCCCGGUCCUUGGCCGAUCUAUCUUGGACCCACACGCGCACACUCACACGUUGCAAAGAUGGGCAUUUACCGACCACUCGUGGUCACAGCACUUUUGGAAGGAUGUCAGCUCCUGGAAUGCGACUCGCCUGUUACCAUGAGGAUGAACUUGAUGGCAUCGAGCAGAGAUGAUCCAAGGAUCCUGUAUAUCGUCAACGGGGACCGGAUUCUUGUCUACCACUUCUCGACGCUGACGCCCUCGGGAUUACCAACGUUGACGAAGCGAAUGUCGGAUCCAAGAUGCGCAAACGAUAACAGUGACGACAAAACGAUCAAUGUCAUAAAAACUGGAUACCUCGGCACAGAAGAAGUUCUGGUAACUGCAGAUGAAUCUGGAGAUGUCUGCGUAUGGUUUACCAUGAACCUGCAGCGCGACCCACUCCUAUUGAGUGUAACAGAGUCCGCAUGGGGGAUCGCAAUACACGCAGAGCAGCGCCUCAUCGCCAUAUCGUCCAACGCCCAUACUGUGACAGUGUUUCAUUGUGGAAUUGACUCGCGGCCCUCACAGCGACUUUUCUCAGGAUAUACAGAGCCCUCGGCGUCGGGAUCAAACGCGUCUUCAUCCUCAGGCCAUGGGCACAAUAUUCCGUGCGUGACAUUCAGUCCCUGCGGUCGCUUUGUUGCCACUGCAUCAGUCGAUCAGACCUGUCGGACCUGG